AAAAAAGAAAAAAGAGAAAAAAGAAGAAAAGAAAAACCCUUUCCAAAGAAGGGUUUGUUUUUCCUCAACACCGUCCUCACAUCCUUUUUCUCUUCUCUUCUUUGCGCCACCCGCAGAAGAGAGAGAGGAAAAAAGAAACUCACUUUCAUCACGUCUCUCUCUCUUAGAUAUAAAAAAUCUUACUUCCUUUUCGGGUUCUUCUUAUUCAACAUUCAGAUUCAGCGUUUUAGAUACCGCUGAGUUGUUGGUUUUUAUAUAUCGGACGGCUGAGAUUGGAUCUUACCUGAGAAAAGAAAUCGAGGUAUGCAGCAAGGUGAUCAGACAGUGUUGAGCUUAAGACCUGGUGGUGGUCGAGGGAGUAGAUUCCUUGGUGGUGGUGGUUCUUCUUCAUCGUCAUCAUCUUCUUUAUCUUUUGGUUCACUUUCUUCUGAUCUUCCACUUUUCCUUCCUCAUGGCGGUGCUCCUUCUUCCUUUUCCAUCAAGGCAGGAGACUCACGAUUUGAUGGGCGUGAAUGUGUGCGGUACACUAGGGACCAGCUUUUGCAGCUUAGGGAGGCUGUAGAGGUUUCUGAGGAGAUUCUUAAAAUCAAACGAGAAAUUGAAGUGGAACUCUUUGGUGAAGAUCAGAACUGGGCUCGUGGAGAAAGCAAUUCAUCAAAUCAGGUUCCGACCCGUUAUACUGAGCCUGACAAUCGUGAUUGGCGCAACCGCUCAGCACAGUUUCCUUCUACUGGAGAGGAGAGGUCCUGGGAAUCACUUCGGGAUAGAGAAUCGGGAAACCGAUAUGACUCCAGACAGCCUGAAGCUAAUCAAUUUAAUCGACAAGAUCAGCCUAACCCUCAGUUCUCAAGGGCACAAAUCUCUUCUAACCAGGGGGGAGGACCAACUCCAGCCUUGAUUAAGGCUGAGGUGCCAUGGUCAGUCAGAAGGGGUAAUCUUUCUGAGAAGGAGCGUGUCCUAAAAACUGUAAAAGGUAUAUUGAACAAGUUGACUCCUGAGAAGUAUGAUCUUUUGAAGGGCCAACUUAUUGAUUCUGGCAUCACAUCAGCUGACAUCUUGAAGGGUGUUAUUUCUUUAAUUUUUGAGAAGGCUGUUUUGGAACCCACAUUUUGCCCUAUGUAUGCUCUUUUAUGCUUUGAUCUUAAUGAUAAGCUCCCCUCAUUCCCAUCCGAUGAACCUGGUGGAAAAGAAGUUACUUUUAAGCGAGUCCUGCUGAAUACCUGCCAGGAGGCAUUUGAGGGAGCUGAUAAGCUCAGGGAAGAAGUGAGGUUGAUGACAUCUCCCGAGCAAGAGAUGGAGCGCAGGGAUAAAGAAAGGAUGGUCAAGCUCCGGACUCUUGGUAACAUUCGUUUAAUUGGUGAGCUUCUGAAGCAGAAAAUGGUACCUGAGAAGAUAGUCCAUCACAUUGUGCAGGAACUUUUGGGUCAAGAUUCUAAAGCUUGCCCUGCCGAGGAGAAUGUUGAAGCCAUUUGUCAGUUCUUCAAUAUUAUUGGUAAGCAGCUUGAUGAGAGCCCAAAAUCACGGCGCAUAAAUGAUGUGUACUUCAACAGACUGAAGGAAUUGACUACAAAUCCUCAGCUUGCACCGAGACUAAGAUUUAUGGUUCGUGAUGUUCUUGAUCUGCGUGCAAACAACUGGGUUCCAAGGCGUGAGGAGGUGAAAGCCAAAACAAUUACAGAAAUCCAUUCAGAGGCUGAAAAGAAUCUUGGGCUGCGUCCAGGCGCUACUGCAAGUAUUAGAAAUAGUCGUGUUGUUUCUGUUGGUCCAAUGAGUCCUGGUCCUGGUGGUUUUCCUAUCAAUCGUCCUGGUACUGGGGGUAUGAUGCCUGGAAUGCCAGGAACUAGGAGGAUGCCUGGAAUGGAUAAUGAUAAUUGGGAGGUUCCUAGAAGCCGGCCAAUGCCAAGGGGUGAUGGACUGGGUACCCAGUCUGGAGGGCGUGGUGCCUCACCAGUAGUCAAUAAGUCAACUUCAAUGAAUCAAAGGCUAUUACCUCAAGGUAGUGGUGGCCUAAUGAGUGGUAGGACAAGUGCCCUGUUGCAGGGUAGUUCAACCCCUCCUGCUAAGCCACCCAACUCAAUUUUAGGUGCUGAGUCUGUUGCACAACCUUCUCUUUCCCCUAAACCUGCUCCGGUGGAGAAACCACUAACUCAGGCUGCAAGGCUGAAUACAGAUGAUCUUCAGAGAAAAACACGGGCAUUGUUAGAGGAAUAUUUCAGCGUUAGGCUACUAGAUGAAGCAUUACAGUGCGUGGAGGAACUAAAAUCUCCAGCAUACCACCCUGAGGUUGUUAAAGAAGCGAUCUCCAUUGCUUUGGAGAAAAGCCCACCUUGUGUUGAACCCGUUUCAAAGCUUCUGGAGUACUUGUUUAUUAAGGAAGUUCUCACAGCUAGAGACAUUGGUACUGGAUGCCUACUUUAUGGUGCCUUGUUGGAUGAUAUCGGCAUUGACUUGCCGAAAGCACCAAAUAAUUUCGGAGAAAUAAUUGGAAAACUUGUUCUGGCUGGGGGAUUAGAUUUCAAGGUGGUGAAGGAAAUCCUUAAGAAGAUGGAAGAUGACAUGUAUCAGAAAGCUGUAUUCGAUGCAACAAUGAGGAUCAUUAGCUCAGAUCCUUCGGGGAAAGCUCUCUUGGAUGCUCAGGCGAUCAACAUUGAUGCAUGUACGAGUCUAUUCUAAAUUUUGCAAUCUACUUCACGUUACUAUAUCUGUCCGACCAUCCAUCCAUCCAUCCGUAGCUUUUUAUCACCACUUCAAGAUAAUGUCCCCUGCCGGUUUUACCUGUCUUCGAGGCGAGCAGCUUGUAGUAUUUUUGAUUGAUGAAGUUAGAGCUACCUGCAAAGGACAGGUGAAAUUUUAUUGAGUUGUAUGUUUUUCUCCGGGUUGAUAGAGGUGUUUUAUUGAGAAAAAAGAAAUCCAAACAUAAAUGUCAUGUACAUUACCUUUUAGGAAAAGUGCAUGCCAAAAUUCUCGGGGAAAAUUGGUCUCCCUUCAUUUAAGGGAUCCAGUUGUUUUUUUGACACAGUUAUUUAUUUAGUUUAUUGAACUUGGUCAAGUUUUGUUCCGUCUUUAAUUGAACCCAACAUAAUUUAAAUUUCAUUUCAUA